AAAGCAACUCACUCACGGAAAUCGAUGAACAAAGCCCAGAAAUUGUAGCCUAUUGGUCGCGAAGUGACAGGCAGACGCAAUGUCCCGAUCCAGAUAUUUCGUGAAUAGGUUAAAAGACUUUAAGGAAGGCUCGGAGGUUGUGCUUACUACCUCAAAAUGGAAAGAAAUGUCAGAAUCGCUGGCGAAGACAGUCUCAGAAAAGAUGGCACCAAAUUUGGAUAAUUGUGAUGGUGGUCUCUAUGUAGGAAAUGCUGGAGUGGCAUAUAUGUUUUGGUAUCUAGCAUCUUCUGCAGCAUUUGAAGAGAAGAGAAAACAACUAUUAGAACAGGCGUUUGAAUAUUUUGGAGUGUCUUUGAAGUAUGCCACUGGAAAGAGAAGCCGAGAUUCUGACACCUCAUUUAUUCUGGGCAAAAGUGGGGUGUAUGCUGUUGGUAGCCUCAUUGCAAAUUCAAUGGGCAAUGAAAAACUCAGUGGCGAAUAUGCAGCAAAAUAUGCAUCUUAUGCAAAGGAAGUGCAGAAGCAGAACCUCUCCUGUGGCUCAGAUGAACUGUUUGUGGGAAGAGCGGGCUAUCUUUGCGGACUGCUGAAUCUCCAUAAAAAGUUGGGGCAAAAGGUGUUGAGUGACACUGAUGUGAAUGCGAUAUGUAGCGCAAUAGUUGAGUCCGGGAGGCAGUACGCCCGCAGACAUAAAUCAGCCUCACCUCUGAUGUAUGCCUACUACGACACCGAGUAUCUAGGUGCUGCCCACGGUCUCUCCUCCAUCCUGCAGAUGUUGCUGAGCUUUCCCCAGUUCAUCCAUUCCAACGCAGAUGCGGAGCGAGACGUCCGACAGGCAGUGGACUUUAUGCUCAUUCUGGAGCAGCCCAACUUCAACUACGCUCCUGCCAUGGAUGAAGUACAGAGAAGAUCUCGACCCGACUCGGACGAGCUUGUGCACUGGUGUCAUGGAGCUCCAGGUAUAAUCUACCUGUUUGUACGAGCGUUCAAGGUGUGGGGUGAUGAGAAGUACCUGCAGGCGUGUGUCAGGUGUGGGGAGGUCACAUGGCAGCGAGGAUUGCUGCGGAAAGGUCCGGGAAUCUGCCACGGUGUGGCCGGCAGUGGCUAUGUCUUCUUGCUGCUGUAUCGCCUCACAGGCCACAAGAAGUUCCUCCACCGAGCCCAACAGUUUGCGGAGUUCCUGUACACCCCUGAGUUCCAGUCUGGGGCCAGAGUUCCCGACAGCCCAUACAGUUUGUACGAAGGAUGGGCUGGUACUGUCUGCUACCUGGCAGACUUGACCCAGCCGGAAUCAGCAGAGUUCCCCCUCUUUGAUGUGUUUUAAAACAUACAGCUUAUUCCAACCUUAUCCAGUGCUUUCACGGUUAAACACGCCAUGCUACCCAUUAUCAGCAAUUUUGUCUGCAUCUUGUUGACUUGUUAGUGAGACCAUGGCUUGUGUAAAGGCAGCUUAAGCUUGAGGAAAACCAAAUGAGUUUGAUAUCAGGCAAUGUUAAAACUGUUCUGGCCACCAAUUAGUAGAUUGUAUAUGUAUAGUGUUGUCAGUGUUUGUUGAACUUUAUGAAUUUGUGAAUUUAUCUUAACUGUAUUGCAUUUGUUCUUUAAAUCCGUGUUCUCUUAGUAUUGCCUUGUGAGUACUGAUACAGCACUCCAUGUUAUACUACAAGGCUCACGAUACAAUGCAUCAAUUUAUAACUCCUGAAACUGUUAAUGCAGAUUCUGUAGCAUUUCCUGGUCAGAUGAUUUCCCAUUUUUGGCAGUCUGUUGUGCACUGGACCAUGCAGGUGUUGUAUCUCACUGCCAAAUUUGGGACAACUGGUGUGACCAAUUAAGAUCAAUUAGCCUCGUCAGUAAGGUGGUAACUAAUUUGCUACUGGGACAAUUAGGACCAAUUAGGCACUGAGGAGGUUUGUAAAGUAGACGAGUAAAAGUAAAGAGGUUAGAGUAGUGGAAACUAUAGAAGAGAAAGGACAGAUCCUGGAUGGAAGAAAGUAAGGUGCCAACAUUCAUUUUGGAUGGCUAUGCUAUCUCAGACGAGACAGCGAACAAAAAUGGCACUGAUGGUACAGUCAUUAGAACAUUAGAAAUACUUUGCAAAUGUAUUGUGAAUAAAAUAAUCAUCACCAAUGCUUGUGGCUGUGUGCUGGCUGGUGUGAUUGAUCCCUGGUCAGCUAUAGAUAGAAUCCUCACAGUGCCCAUAGCUACAAUAUCACAUCUUUAGUAUCUGAAUUUUGAAAACAAACUAUCUGAAAUGUGAAAACAAAUGAUUCAGGGUUGUGAUUUUCCUGCAAAAGGGAUAGAAUAUGACUUUGAAAUAUGAAAAAGAAGUACCGGUACUGUAUUUGGAUACGAAUCAUUUCACAUCCAUAUUAUGAAGAUCUAUAUCGUAUCACGGCUUCACUAUAUUUUUACACAUUUAAUGAAUAUUGCUUAUGGAGCAGGGGCGGUGGGGUAGCUCAGUGGUUAAAGCGUUCACUCGUCAAGCUGAAGACCCAGGUUCGAUUCCCCACAUGGGUACAAUGUGUGAUGCCCAUUUCUGGUGUCCCCUGCUGUGAUAUUGCUGGAAUAUUGCUAAAAGUGGCAAAAAAAUAAACUCACUUACUCACUCACUUAUGGAGCAUGUAAAUGACAGUUGACUUCUUUCCUUAACCUGUUGUGGGAAAACCUUUGAGUUCGAUACAUCACGGAGUCAAGAUACAAACACAAGCAUCUAUCCAAUCACAGACAGCAAGAUGUUUUUGUGAACACUGUUUGAAAAAAUUACUGCUUGAAAACAGUUAUGCGAAAUAUGUGUCUAGCAAUAGUUGAAUAAGAACUUAUUCAUUGUUCAUGUGCUUUCAUGAAGUGUUGUUAGUGCUGAGAAUUGUGUGAUCAUGUGAUUCAUUGAAAAAACUUCAGUUGAAUUUCAAGAUAAAAAUUCAAUGUAUUUAGUAUCUUUGUGACUGUGACUGGAGAUCUAAUUCUAUUCUUGAUGUACAAGUGAUUUUCAAAAUUUAAAAUGGAUGUACAUAGCUAAAAAUGUAAGUGGGGCGUUGGGGUAGCUGAAUGGGUAAAGCAUCCGCUCGUCGUGAUGAAGACCCAGGUUCGAUUCCCCACAUGAAUAUAAUCUGAAGCCCAUUUCUUGUGUCCCCCUGCCAUGAUAUUGCUGGAAUAUUGCUAAAAGUGGCGUAGAACUGUACUCACUCAGUAUGUGCGGAUAGGUUUUCAGCUGAAGGUUUGGUUCAAGACUGGCGAACAAUUAAGAUUUUAUCAGUGUUGUCAUAAUAUAGCAUGUAUACUGCAGGCAGAAAAUAGGUGACAUAUCUGUGGCCUUGAGGUUAAAGUUCACUUAUGAACUGUCUGUCGCAAAAGGGGUAGCUCAGAAUUACCUCACAGGACAAAUAUCACAAUUUUUACUGUUUGUCAAUAUAACAUGAUGGAUUCGAUUAAAUAUAUGCCUUAUGAGUUUCAUAUCACUACAUGGUUUAGGGACGUCAUUUUUAAAUAUCUUAGACCAGUCCUGUUAGUAAUCGAUCCUUUUCUUGAUAUCAGUGUUGUCAUAUGAUAUACAAUGCCAUAUCAGAACAGCAUGCUCUACAGUGAUUCCUGACUGACUUUCACUGCUCGAUUUCCUUGUUUCCGUUGAUGCAAACGCAAGACGUUUUCAAAACUAAGAUGCUUGUCAAAUCAGUUGUAGAAAAUGUGUCUAACUCUGAAGUCUCAUCAUGAUAUGCAAUUCUUAGUUAGUGAAUGCCACCUCAAUUUAGGUGAAUGAAUGCCACUCCCACAACCUAAAUCGCUUAACUAUGAAGGCCGGUAUGCAAAUUAUUAUGAUUUUAUGAAAAAUGAACACUGGUCACGUGUACAUGAAAAGAAUUUAUAGUUGGUUAUGUUUUAUUUCACUUAGUAUUUGUUUUUAUGAUCAAGAUGGUCAACCGUUUAACCUAUUUUAUAAAUACUCAAUACAGGGUUUGUUUGACUGUAUUAUUAUUUUCUGUGAUAUUGCAUCAGCAGAUUUUGUUUCUUACAUCAGUGAUAGACUGUGUCAAACUGCACAUUCAGUGACUUUUUGUAACUAUUUUAUGGAAAUCGUGACAGUAAUCUCAGUGUUGUUUCAUAACUUCAGAAAAUAAGAAAAUAAGUAUUUUUCCCCAGAUUAUAUUUCUGAUUGAUCAUUAGUUAUUGUAUUUUGUAAUGAUUAAUCUGUAAACUUAAGUUACUCUCAUUGUAAGUUUUCAGACCCUUUGCAUUUUGCCACUUCCAGUAUAUCAACAUGGGAGGUCAUAGUAUAUCAUCUUGAGGCAAUUCCAUUUAGUGUUUAUCGUUACCGGUAUACACAGAUUGACUUCUGGAGGCACGUGUGUAGCUUUACGAUGUUACUUGAAUUCAUGAACAUGUAGCACUGCAGUUAUUGACAUGCUGCGAAGAAUCCUUGCUUCAUUUCCAGCGACAUAACAUGCAGGAUUGUAAAUAUGAAUUAGUCACAAAUAUUUUGGAAGUAAGAAAGACAAAAUAUGAACAAAUUAGUUGUGGUGACAUUGUUCAGCUAAUUUUGCUUUAUGGAAUGUCUAUGGAAAUGAUCUGAUGAUAAUGAUACCUUUGAAGUGUCUUGCUUUCUUGUUGUUUAAGUCCCAAGUAAAUGGGCUGUUUUAAUGUCCAUGUUAAUGAUUAAACAACUCAGAUGAAA